GUCUGAUAGUCCUCCUACACAACAGCUCUGCUUAUAAAUACAAAACAGAGGGAUGCCGGUGUCAUUAAGAAAAGAGCAACGUCACAUUUGCAACCUCCUUGACAUGGACAGUAUGCAUUGUUAAGCGGAUAACUUGCAUGGACUUUCUCGAAUCUUAUUAGGACAGUGCAAAGUAGAAUUGGCAGACAAAAAGACAUUCAACGGGGGACAUGAUGGAUGUCUGCCACCAUUUAAACGACUACCACGUGUCACGACCUAUCUACUCAAACCGUGUUUUUGAUGAGGUCCAUCAGAGAAAAGACAGAGAGACCAGAAGCUUACAAGAAAGACUGAAGGGAACCUGUGGAUGCAAUGACAAGUGGGCUGUUCGGAAGAUUAAGGGGAUUCUCCCGAUACUGGAUUGGCUCCCUAAAUACCCAGUCAAACAGUGGUUACCCGGCGAUCUCAUGUCUGGGGUCACCACAGGUGUGGUAUGCUGUUUACAAGGUGUGGCUUAUGCAUUGCUAGUUUCUGUGGCACCUGUGUACGGACUCUACUCGGCGUUCUUUCCUAUUCUUACUUACUUUGUGUUGGGCACCUCGAGACACAUCUCCGUGGGUCCAUUUCCAGUCACCUGUUUGAUGGUGGGCUCUGUAGUUUUGACCUUUGCCCCCGACGAGCACUUUCUACGGCCAGCGAACGUGACGGGUGCGAACGAGACAUUGACGGAAACGUGGAUGGAGGUGGACGUGGAAGCAAGAGAGGCCCAGAGAAUCACAUUGGCUUGCACCAUGACCGUGCUGAUCGGAUUCUUCCAGGUAGCAAUGGGGCUGAUGCGGGCGGGCUUUCUAGUACAGUAUCUGUCAGACCCCCUGGUAGGGGGUUUCACUACUGCUGCAGCCAUUCACGUCUUUAUUUCCCAGAUUAAAACCAUCCUGUCUAUUCCUACCCAGAACCAUAAUGGCUUCUUCUCCAUCGCUUAUACUCUCUUUGAUGUAGGUAAGAACAUUAACCAGACAAAUAUUGCAGACCUGGUUGCCGGAUUAAUGACAAUCUUUAUAGUUAUGGCGGUGAAAGAGGUCAACACGAGAUUUCAGCACAAGAUCCAGGUGUCCAUCCCUAUAGAAGUCAUUGUGACAGUGAUCGCUUCUGCAGUCUCUCAUGUGAUGGACUUGAACUCCCAGUAUGGUGCUAGCAUUGUGCACAGCCUCCCCAGGGGGUUUGCUCCGCCCCAGCCACCAAAUCUAGCACUUAUUGGAAAUAUGUUGGGUUCAAGUUUUUCCACAGCGUUUGUUGGUUAUGCAGUCGCAGCCUCUGUAGCAAAAGUCUAUGCAGCAAAACAUGACUACAUAAUUGAUGGCAACCAGGAGCUGAUAGCUUUUGGUGUCAGCAAUAUUUUUGGAGGAUGUUUCUCAAGCUUUGUGGCCAGUACUGCCCUCUCACGGACCGCCAUUCAAGAAAGCACAGGGGGGAAGAGCCAGGUUGCUGGAAUAAUCUCGGCUUUAAUGGUGAUGAUAGUGAUCCUGGCUCUCGGGCCCUUUCUUCAGCCUCUGCAGAAGUCAGUGUUGGCUGGUAUUGUUGUAGCCAACUUGAAAGGAAUGUUCAUGCAGAUGUCCGAGGUGCCUGUACUCUGGAAACAAAACAGGACAGACUGUCUCAUUUGGAUAGCAACAUGCCUGGCAUGUAUCGUAUUUGGUUUAGAUGUGGGUCUGCUGGCAGGCCUGGUAUUUGAAAUGGGCACAGUGGUGGUCCGAACGCAGUUCCCGUCCUGUUCUACCCUUGGACAUAUUCCAGACACUGAUAUCUACAAAAACAUGAAAGACUACAAAAACAUCAGAGAAAUACCUGGGAUAAAGAUUUUCAAAUGCAACUCUCCAAUUUACUUUGCAAACAUUGAUUAUUUCAAAGAGAAAUUAAGGGAUGAGGUGGGCUUUGAUGCCGUACGAGUGUUCAAGAAAAGAAACAAAGCCUUGAAGAAGAUUCACAAACUCAUUAAAAAAGGAGAAUUACAAAUGACAGAGGAUGGUUUGGCCCCUGUGGCCUCAAUGGGAGUAGAUAACAAAGCCUUUGAGAGAGAACAGGGUCCUGAAGCAGUAAAUAAGACGGUACAGGCAGAUGUGAAGGUCCAGGUAGACUGGACAUCAGAGCUGCCGGUCAGUGUGUCAGUACCAAAGGUCCAUAUCCACAGCCUGGUGCUGGAUUUCUCUGCAGUCUCUUUUCUGGAUGUUGUAUCUGCAAAGUCUCUAAAGCUGGUCGUAAAAGAAUUUAUACGAAUUGGUGUCAGCGUCUACAUCGCAGGCUGUGACGGUGAGCUUGUCAGAAGAAUGGAGGCCUUGUCCUUCUUCGAUGAGGAAGUCACCAGAGAUCUGCUCUUCGUCUCUGUCCAUGAUGCCAUUAUCUACAUCCAACUCGAAUCAUCUAGUGGAAACGCAGAUGAUCUGUUUGCUGAAAAGGUUUCCCAAGAUGACAAAGAACCACCUCUUUUCACAGACGAUGAGGACCUGAUUGAGACCUACGACAACCAGCACUUGGCUAUUCAUGGACUUUCAAACUGAGGAUGAACUUGAAUCAAACUCUUUCCUUUGGCUGGACUCAUUGGAAAACAAAAACUCCUCCAAAUCAUCUUCCAAUAGAGUCAACGGUGGUCUUACUGCACCUUUAUCCUUGGAAAAUUUGAACUUUGAGCCAGAAAGAUGCACUGAAAAGAAAGAAAGUGGUUUUGAUUAUGUCUCUUCACAUCUGAAUUGAAACAUUACAGAAAAUGCAGCUUUUUUAGUUACAAAGAAAUAUUGUCAGCAUUUUUACGGCCUCAUUUUUGAGGCACUUUAGAAUCAUGCAGGAGUUUUACCUUUUGAUGUCUAGACCUAUAAAUAGACAGUUUCCCUCUUUGCUAUAUAUUUUUAAGAUGAAUUUAGUGAUGAAGGAAGUAAAUCUUCUACAUGCGUCAUGUUUUUUUUCCCACUGGAUAUUUGGAAAUAAAUGAUCUAUGUAA